UCCGGCGGCUCCUUCCACCAGUCCGGCAGGGCGGCGCUCUCGUGGUCGGCAACAAGACUGCGAACGUGAGCCGGCCGGAUUUCGCCAGCAUUAGCAUCAGCAUCAGCAAGCGGUCGGAGGUGUUUGUGUCCUCUCUGGUUUUUUUGCUUUGACGUUCAAAUGGUGCACUUUUAACGUGACCGUCUCAUGACGUCAGCCGCUUUCGACGUUCAACCUCAAAUUGGACGCCCGCCGCUGCCGACGACGACGAGCGGAAGGAGGCAAGGAAGCUAAGUGUGCUAAGUGCUAGCGAGGAGAGUAGCGACACCGGCGCUUCGGAGACUCGCUCAAGGCCGCGAUUUGGAUGAGCUGGCUAGCAAGUGAAUGAGUGUCUUGCUGCUGUCGUCGUGCCUCUGCUAUGAGCAACACUGCGGAGAGGAAGCGAAGGGCCGUGGAGAGCCCGCUCGUGUCCGGAAGCACCAAACCCCGCGCCGGCGCUAGCAGGGCCGCCAACGGCGACAGAAGGGCUUAUGGUAGCAGAGCGGCAGUCAACAGACGAAGAAGCAGCCCCAGAGGGAGCCGGGCCCCGCACCCGCCGGCCGCCACCGAGACCAUCGACGUGAUGGACGGCCAAGAGGACGGCAUCGAGGAGGUGGUCGAUCUGACGUCCGAGGCGGCCGAAGUGUCGCACGUCGUUGACCUGACCAACAACGACUCUGUGCUGCUGGUGGAUGAAGGUCUCGACGGCAGGAGAAAUUCCCCAGCGGAAAGUUACGUUGUCAGCGACGACGACGACGUGACCCCUCUACCCGGUGCCGACGUCUUGUCCUCGCUCCAGGCCCAGAGCUCUGCCAGAUUGUGGAGAGCGGGCGUCUGGUGGUGUCCACAAAGUGCGGCCACGUCUUCUGCAGCCAGUGCCUGCGAGAUGCCCUCCGCCGCUCUCUCACGUGCCCCACGUGCCGCAAACGCCUCACGUCUCGACAGUACCACCCCAUCUACAUUUGAUCAACACCCAUUGUGUACUUUUUUUUUAAUCUGCAAAUCAAAUAAACGUUUGUGCCCUUGUUUGUGUGCGUGAGGCUUGUUGGGAGGGGCCUCUGCGCAGUCGUCACGACGGGAGCGACUCGACGGACCGGAUCGGCUUCCCCUCGUGACCGGAAUGUUCUCGAAGGCGUCUGCCUACGUUAUGCUUUUUUUUUUGUUGUUGUUUUUUUUAAA